UAAAUUUAUAUGAUUUUUGCUAUAUUUUAAAUUUGGUUCGUAUUUUUUUAUGUGUGUUUUGGUUUGGGAUUAAAAGUACCAGGGACGCUAUAAAAAGCUUACAGUGGGAGCAAUGAAGAAAAGCAGGGAGCAAUGAAGGACAAACUCCAAAAGCAAUCUCUCUCCUUCUUUCUUUAUUCUUCCUAAAACCGUUUUGAAACAACCCCAAACAAAUUAAAAGAAAAAAGAAGAGAAAGAAAUCGCACAAUCUCUCUUUCUUUGCGUUUCUCUCUUCUUCUUUCUUUCUCUUUUUUUUUUUUUUUCCUUCUGAGAGGGAGAGAGCUCUUCUUUGCAGAAACGUUUCUGUUUCGGAUCAUCAAGCUUGGGGCCAAACUCAUUUGCAGAUAACAAGAUUUCAUUUUUUCAGUGAACCGGAAUCUACAGGUUUUCUACUUUGUUGGAACAUUGAGUCUGUAAUGUGAUGAAAAAUGGAGAGUGGUGUAGGAAGUAACCUCAAUGAGAGACAUGGAGUUUUUAAGGAUGAGUCCUGGUUUAGCCAGUUCAGGAAUGGCUCUAAUCCAUGGAUGGCUAGAUAUGUCUAUGCAUUGAUCUUUCUAGUGUCAAAUUUGCUGGCUUGGGCUGUCCGAGAUUAUGGCCACAAUGCCUUCCCAGAAAUGGAAAAACUCAAGAAUUGCCAUGGUGGCCGUGGUUGUUUGGGCGCAGGAGGAGUCCUACGCGUGAGCUUGGGAUGUUUUGCAUUCUAUUUUGUAAUGUUUGUUUCAACUGCUGGUACCCCAAGGUUGUACAAUUGCAGAGACUCAUGGCAUUCAGGAUGGUGGUCUGCAAAGAUAGGCCUCUGGAUUGCCUUGACAGUCACCUCCUUUUUGCUUCCUAGUUUCAUGAUACAAAUAUACGGGGAGAUUGCGCAUUUUGGUGCAGGGGUCUUUCUCCUAGUUCAGCUAGUAAGCGUAAUCAGUUUCAUUACAUGGCUGAAUGAUUGUUGUCAAUUAGAUAAAAAUGCAGAAAGAUGCCACAUCCAUGUGAUGUUGCUUGCAACUGCUGCAUAUGUUAUAUGCAUAGUGGGGAUCAUCAUGAUGUACAUUUGGUAUGCACCAGAACCGUCCUGCCUCCUUAACAUUUCCUUCAUCACGUGGACACUGGUACUCCUGCAGCUGAUGACUAGUGUUUCCCUCCACCCUAAAGUGAAUGCUGGCUUCUUAACUCCAGGGCUCAUGGGGCUUUAUGUGGUAUUCAUCUGUUGGUGCGCCAUCCGAAGUGAACCGGCAGGGGAAAAUUGUAAUAGGAAAGCAGAAGCUUCAAACAAAACGGACUGGCUCACAAUCAUAAGCUUUGUCGUUGCGCUACUGGCUAUGGUUAUUGCUACAUUUUCUACCGGUAUUGAUUCUCAAUGUUUUCAGUUCAGGAAAAAGGAAACACCAGCUGAGGAUGCCCUACCAUAUGGUUACGGUUUCUUCCACUUUGUUUUUGCUACUGGAGCAAUGUACUUCGCAAUGCUAUUGAUUGGUUGGAAUACUCAUCAUACUAUUAAAAAAUGGACAAUCGAUGUUGGUUGGACCAGUACCUGGGUCAGGAUAGUGAAUGAAUGGCUAGCCAUCUGCGUUUAUCUGUGGAUGCUGGUGGCUCCUGUUAUAUUGAGGUGCAGACAAACGAGUGAACCUGCAUGAAAAAAUUUAUGAAAGAUGUUCAAAUGAUUUUUGCAGUUGCUCCGACCCUUUUAAUUACAUAAAUGUUUACCAAUCUGCUUUGAAGCAUUGCUUAGAAGGAAUAGAGCCGGGGCAACGCCUACAUCCCAAUUCUUUUGCCUGAAGGAAGCUGAUGUUCAAUCCUCUAUCUCAGCUUAACGUGGGAAUAUGGAAAUACUUUUAAAUUUUGAAAUAUGUCAAACAAAAUCCCCAUUAAUAGUUGUAAAUACAACGGACUUUUCCAAAAGCUUCAACCAAAAUUACAUUUUUUAUGGGCUAUUUCGCCUAAAAAACGAAUGGCUCAUUAGGAAAUUUAAGUACCAGCUCCCGAAAUUUGACAAAGGUCAAAGGUUGCAAAAAUAAAAGUAAAAAUAUGUCAUUUUUUUUAC